AUGACGGCAUGCUACUACAUAAAUGCCCCGGAAGUGCACCCCACUCAAACAGACAUCCGUGCUGCUCCUAAAGAUGCAGUAGCGAUUGGUUGUGAUGUCACAGGGAUUCCCGAACCUCUGGAUUUUUAUUGGCUGAAGGAUGACGUCAGAAUUUUAGAUGACGACGGAGAUGACACAGAAUCUAUUCCUAACGCAUUCGUGAUCUUUAAACUAGACGCACAGAAGGACUAUGGUAAUUACACGUGCGUGGCUACAAACUCGCUUGGAACAUCUACUGCUACAAUAGAAAUUAGUGGACGCCCUCUAGCACCCGUGAUCUUGAAUAAGGAGACGUUGGGUCGCUAUGGACGCUUUUACACCCUGAUUUGGUCACCAACUUCAGUCCCAGGAGAUAAUAGCACUCAACUCAUCAAUAUCCCUAUAUCACGGUACAUCAUCCAAUACCAAAGGCAAGACGUUAUAGAGAACAUCAGUAUAGUGUCCCUCAGAUGGCCAGAGGAUGCUUUAUCGGCGGCUACCGGCAACUACGGGUCAUUCGUCCUCUUUGACUUGAUUGAGAAUAGCUCCUACGUGGGUGUGCUGUGCCCUGAGAAUGACUAUGGUUUGGGAGACUGCACAUCGUUUACAUUCGCAACAUCAGUAGUUGUCUACAAACCUUCACCGGAAUCUGAAUUUGUUGGAAAUGCAUGUGCUGGUGAGGAUACAUGCGUAGGGGAGUGGAUUCCAUCGGCUGCCGAUCGGCAUCCAUCCGUUUCCAUGGUAACAAUAUCAGUAGGCUCCAUAGCAUGGUUAUUAAUGUCGGUAUCAUAGUCAUCAAGAACGAUUUAUUUCAUUAAGUGCUAUGUUUUACGACGGACUGCACGAUAUACAAAUUGUGAUUCAUUUGAAACAAUUUUUUUUCUGGGAGAGUCGACAUAGAUUUUCAAUUUUGCCCCUCUUUAUUUUUUCAUUAAGGAAAGAAAAGGAGACAAAAGUGCAAUUUCAGUUUUCUGUCACCCUAAAAGAUGCUGAGAGAAGGUUUUUUUUUAUAAGGGAUGACACAUCCUACACCCCUCUCACAAAGCCUUUUAUUUAUAAAUCUAUAAAUACGAAUUUUUCUGGAGUAUUAACUUAUUCACUAUACGUAUAUAGUGGUGGAUAUGAAUAUUAUUUUCAUCUUAUUACUAACUUCUAUCAUGCCCAUUAAUUAACUCAUUCCGUUAAUGACGUUUGUUACCCCCCCCCCCAGAAGUUCUCUUACUUAUGCGGUAACCUCUCCAUUAUCGUUUUACUCUGUAAAGCAUGUUGUUUCCCAUAUGAUUUGGUUUUGCCUCUAAAGUCAACUAAAGUCCUAUGCAGCUCCUUUCCACAUUGUAAUUGUUAAUUGAUAAUUGAUUAAUUGAUUCCUAUAUCGUCUUUUCAAGCAUACAUAUUAAUUUGCAUCAAUGUGACAUUUAACUUUAAUGUACACGCUUAAUACAUUAAUGCAUAAGAUAAACAUGAUAAAGGAGGCAUACCGCGUAAGCAUAUAGAGCUUGAUGUGCUUACAGUCCUCAGUUAUACUAAAAACAUAUAAAUGUGUAUUUAAAAAAUGUUGUUUGUUAUGGCAUAUACUGUAUUAGGUUGUCAUCUAUUUCUUCUAUUUGUUUAUAUUGUUCUUACUGUUGAUACAGAUUUGUAGUUGUUAUCUUUUAAAUGGAAUUUUGGAACAAAAAGUGUAA